AUGAUCGUUACUCUUCCCCUUCCACCCGCCGUAGCAAAUUGGUGGCCGGAAACUGUCACAUCCUUCUUGCAGUGGUUUGCUUUUUGGAGUUUCUCCAUCUUACUCACGGUUCCAUGGCUCUUUUGCAUAUAUCAACUCGUCACAAACCACCUGGGUCGCACAAAGCGUAUAAAGAGGGUUCUGGAUGAUUACACGGCUCCCAAAGUCGUCGUUGUCAUGCCAUGCUAUCGCGAGGAGCCUAACGUCCUCAUCAGCGCAAUUGAUUCUGUUGUCGAGUGUGACUAUCCUGCCCCUUGCAUUCACGUUUUCCUUUCUUUUGAUGGCGAACAGGUAGAUGAGCUCUAUCUUAACACAUUGGGCUUGCUUGGGGUACCGACUACAUUAGACUCGUAUCCUAACUGUAUCGACGUUAUUUACAAAGGUGUUCGAAUUACAGUGUCACGAUUUUCUCAUGGCGGCAAAAGACAGUGUCAAAAGUCAACCUUUGAGCUGAUUGACCGCGUGUACGCCGACUACAUCAAGCAGAAUGACAACAUUUUUAUUCUAUUUAUCGAUUCAGAUUGCAUCCUUGAUAGAGUAUGCCUCCAGAACUUUGUUUACGACAUGGAACUGAGCCCUGGCAAUUCGAGAAAAAUGCUCGCCAUGACUGGAGUCAUCACCUCGACGACCAAGAAGCACAGCAUUAUUACCUUGCUCCAAGACAUGGAGUACAUUCACGGCCAACUGUUCGAACGCACCGUGGAAUCUGGCUGUGGCUCGGUCACUUGUCUUCCUGGAGCAUUAACAAUGCUCCGCUUUUCAGCAUUCAGAAGGAUGGCCAAAUACUACUUUGCUGACAAGGCUGAAGAGUGCGACGACUUGUUCGACUAUGCCAAAUGUCACCUCGGCGAGGAUCGGUGGCUCACCCAUCUUUUUAUGAUAGGAGCCAAACAGCGGUAUCAAAUUCAGAUGUGCACUUCCGCCUUUUGCAAGACAGAAGCGGUACAAACUUAUGCAUCUCUUGUCAAGCAAAGACGCCGAUGGUUCCUGGGCUUUAUAACGAAUGAGGUCUGCAUGCUAACCGACUGGAGGCUAUGGAAGAGAUAUCCAGCGUUGAUAUUAGUGCGGUUCAUGCAAAAUACGAUUCGAACCACGGCACUUUUAUUUUUUGUCAUGGUUUUGGCGCUCUUAACUACUACGGCAAGCGUCCGCAAUCUGCCGGUGGGGUUUAUGGCAGUGUCUCUCGGACUGAACUGGCUCCUUAUGCUGUAUUUCGGCGCAAAGUUGAAGAGGUUCAAGAUAUGGUUUUAUCCUCUAAUGUUCGUCCUUAACCCCCUGUUUAACUGGUACUAUAUGGUGUACGGGAUUCUGACGGCUGGGCAACGAACGUGGGGGGGCCCACGAGCGGAUGCUGCAGCGGCCGACAUGCACACUACAGCCAGAGAAGCUGCGGAGCAGGCAGAGAGGCAAGGGGACGAGUUAAACAUUGUUCCGGAAACAUUUAAACCGGCAAAGGAGGCCAGGGCAAUAGUUCGUGAGAACCAAGGCCCUGGAAUUCCAAUUGUCCGCAAGCGAAGUGUUGUGCGCCCUCCGGACGUUGUCGAUGGUCAGUUUUCUGGUCCGAGGAAUAUCAAGGGUACAAUGUACACCACUAGACGACAUCUCCAGCAUGCUGAGCCAAUUUCCGAACAAGCGAACCCGUGGCCAGCCUACGAUGCUGAUGGGACAUUGACGCAUGGCGGUGAGGGUGAUGCAUACAUGAGUGAUGAGGACAAGAGGAAAUACGCCAUAGCUCACCAGGCUCGAAGACUGAGACUGGAGCAACGUCCACGAACAGGCCCUGGCCUCAACGCAAGAUGGCACAACAGUCCGCAAGCAAACGAAACUUCCCAGGGGAGGAAUCAAGUUGAUGAGGUGGGAAUUGCUUUCUAG